AUGGCUGAUCGUGCCUCACGCAAUUCCGCCUCGGCCCAGGGCUCCGCGCGUGGAUCCGAUGGUUAUCCUGGAUUCCCGCCCCGCCCGGCUGCCGAUGCGACUGGCGCGCUGUUGCUUCCGGCCGCUCUGGACCUUCGGGAUUUGGAAGAUCUCACUGAUGCCGAGAUCACCACGAUCCUCCGCCGCUGUUCUGUUGCCUUUCUCACUCGCCUCGCCCGACUUUGCGUCCGCAUCGUCCGUGCCGAGCCGGAGGUGAUCUACUGCCAGGAGCCCUGCAACAAUCCCGACUGCAAUCAAGCUUGUGGAGGGGUCACGCCAGCCAUGCGUGCCGCAUCUGCCACCGCUUUGGCUGGUGAGCCCGGCCCGUCUCCGACCUCGCCGUUGCUCCGGCCCGGUCCUCUCCGGCCUGCUGUGGACGCCCACUUUGUAGACUGUCUUUGGAUUCUUUGGACUUCUGCGGAAAUGUCGUCCGCCCCGGCUGCCUUUGAUGAUCCGUUGGCCUUGUCCGCCUUGCUAGCCAAAUGGACCGCUCCGGAUACUCUCCAUCCGCUGCUGGUCGCGAAAGGGUUCCGCACCAUUGCUUCCAUUGCCUAUGCCAUUCCGGGGGAUGGCAGCCCGGAUGACUUUCUGCACGUGCUGUGGCCGCCCUCCGACCCGAAUAACCCUCCAACCUUGGUCACACCCGAGGCGUCCUUUGCCCGUCGUCUUCUCGUCCAGUCCCGUGCUUUGGUGCAUCCGCCGGCGUCCUCGGCUGGCCCGGCCGCUGCUGCCAUCCCGGCCGCGCCCCCGCCCAAGAUCACUGCCGAGAAUGCUGAAACCCUCCGUGCCAAGUUUAUCGACUCGUAUCCUGGUGAAUUGCUGUCUCCUGCUUCCACACCGUCUGUUGAGUUUUUGAACCGACUCCGGGCCGAACUGGACAAGCCUACCACUCUUUGGGUGCCGUGCCCCUGCAUACACGUCUGGUCCGGUGGAGCCUACCUUGAGGCGACCCUGGCCUUCUUGGGUGAUCUUCACCUCAAACUCGGCAAAGCAUACGCCGAAAGCUUCAUUGCCGCCGCCACGGCCGCUCCGUUGGACUCGUCGCUCCGCCCCCCUUCCAUGCAGGAGGUUCUCGCCGCUGACAAGGCUGUCUGGGGUGCCAUAGCUGGUUUGAUGAGGGACGAGAAAUUCUCACUGGCGGACGCACUGCAGGAGAUUACCGUCACUCGGCACAUGAUCCCCACGGUUCUCUGCCCCCGGCCCAGGUCCAUGCCUGCUCCGCCGGUCCGCGACUCCAACCCUCGGAGUGCAGCCAAUGCGGCAAGCGACCGCGCGAAGAGGCUGGCAGCUCCCGCCCCGCCUCCCGAGGAUGGCACCGUUGUUGCGCAAAUGGUUGAUGAAGCCUCUGUUGUGGACUCAUCAAGUUCGGAUGGCUCCGUUGUCGAGGUUGAGACCGCUGCGCGCGUGAGGCGGGCACCGCUCCACCCGCUUCCGCCCCCCAAGCCGCCCCCGCAAGCCCAGAACCAGCCGCUCCUCAACCGGCCCUGCUGUGACCGUAUCGCCCCAGUGGAUGCUUUGUUCGGUGAACAGAUCGACGUUCUGGAUCCAGUUCAUCAGGCUUACCUGGGCUCUCGACCCACUUGGAUAGGCUGGUGCAUUUCCCUCAACAGUUUCACUGCCGCCAUGGAGCCUGGAAAGCAG